AUGGUGAGGGUCAGUGUGCUCAAUGAUGCGCUCAAGUCCAUGUACAAUGCUGAGAAGAGGGGGAAAAGGCAGGUCAUGAUCAGGCCAUCAUCGAAGGUGAUCAUCAAGUUCUUGACAGUCAUGCAGCGUCAUGGCUACAUUGGUGAGUUCGAAUAUGUGGAUGACCACCGUGCUGGGAAGAUUGUGGUGGAACUGAAUGGAAGACUAAAGAAAUGUGGUGUUAUUAGCCCUCGCUUUGAUGUUGGCGUAAAGGAGAUCGAAGAAUGGACUGCGAGGCUGCUCCCAUCUCGUCAGCACAGGAUAUUGCCAGAGAUGAAAGGUACUAAGCUGUCUCCACUGGACUGA